UGUCUCCACCAGGUACCAUACACAACGAGGGCCAAUCAAAUGCCGAUCUCAACCUACCCGACCAAUCAAAUCGUUCGACUACUUUUUCUCACUCCACCAACCACUGCCGCAUUCCUUCAACAUGACGAGUUCCAUCGCCGCGUCCGACUUAUUUCCUGUGAUCCAUGCGUUCUUGACGACUUGUGGCAUGAAGAAGACCGCGAAGGCGUUGGCCCAAGAAGCUAAUAAGGAGUUCACCGCAUCGAACAACGUCGACUUGCUCGAAGUGUACAAGCACUACGUCGCGACGAAACCCCAAAGCUCCAGAAGCAAAGCAAAAGAAGAAUCAUCAUCAGACUCUUCUGACGAGGACUCUUCCGACGACGACGAUGUCAAGAAACCGGCACUCGCCGCGAAAAAGGUUGUUGUCCCGGCAAAGAAGGCCGCAUCGUCAUCUUCCUCUGAUACGUCGGACGAUUCGUCCUCCGAAGAUGACAAACCUCCUGCGAAAAAGGCGCCUGUUGUCACUGUCAAGAAAGUCGUUGCCACCAAGAAGGACGAAUCUUCUUCGUCCGACUCGUCGUCGGAUGACUCUUCCGAAGACGAAAAACCAGCGGCGAAGAAGGCUGGUGUUGCGGUGAAAAAGCCCGUGGUUGCCGCCAAGAAGGUCGUGGUAAAGAAGGACGAUUCGUCGUCUUCCUCUGAUACGUCGGAGGAUUCGUACUCCGAAGAUGACAAACCUGCUGCGAAGAAGGCACGUGCUGUUGCUGCCAAGAAGACGGUCGUUGCGACCAAGAGGGACGAUACGUCCUCGUCUGACUCCUCUUCGGAUGAAUCUUCGGAGGACGAAAAGCCAACGGCGAAGAAGGCUGCUGUUGUGGCGAAGAAGGUUGUGGCCAAGAAGGACGAUUCGUCGUCGUCGGACUCGUCGUCGGAUGACUCGUCCGAAGAUGAAAAACCAGUAACGAAGAAGGCUGCUGUCACUGCCAAGAAGCCUGCAGUCGUCGCCAAGAAGGUUGUGUCGAAGAAGGCCGAGUCUUCUUCCGAUUCCUCGUCGGGGGAGUCCUCCACCGACGACUCGUCGGAAGAUGAAGCCCCUGCCAAGCGAAAGCUGCCUGCGUCCAAGUCGACCCCUUCCAAGAAGCAAAAGGUAGAAAGCAGCAGCAGUAGCAGCAGUGGCUCGAGCAGCUCGUCGUCGGAAUCGGACUCGGACGAAUCGGACAACGAAGACGAAGUUGCCAAGGAAAAGGCUCGUCGUUUGGAAGCUGCAGCGGCUGCAGCGGCGUGGACGCCCAAAAAGAUCGAAGCUCCCAAGAUGCCUGCUGCCGAUCAAGCUCAAAAAGGAGUGCCCUUUAAGCGUGUCGAUGGCGAAUUUUGGAGCACGCAAAUUGUUGAUGAAACCCUUCGUGACAACAGCUGUGAGUGUUCAGGAUACUUUGUGAGAUUGACUUCAUUCUGAACGUAGAUGCCGCCACUUUCGGGAAUGACGGUGUGGGUAGCAAGGCCAACAAUAUCCUGGUCAAAGUCCGAGGGAAAGACUUUACUCGGGAAAAGAACAAGAAGAAGCGGUCGACGUAUUUGUGUGGUGCCAUCGAUUUGGGGUCCAACUCGUUCAAGUACACUGACUAAAUCCCUACGAAGCUAUAUAAAUAGACUCAAUGUUUUAUGCAAACCUGUACUUGGAUGCUGGUUCGAUUUA